GGACGGAGCUUAAUUAGCUUUGCGUCCGUAUCAUAGACCAAGUUAGCUUACAAGAGAGCGUGAAACAUACACCAGCAUGACCACGCCCUCGCAAUUCCAUUCCCAGCCGCUCCCAGUAAUCCUACUUCUCUUUCUCUUCCUUUCAGCGGCGACUCACUUGCUCCUGGAGGCUGCUGCUGCUGAACAAGAUCAGCAGCAGCGGAUCACACGUGUGGGUUGCGCCGACAAGUGCGGCAACAUAAGCAUCCCGUACCCAUUUGGCAUGGAGCCAGGCUGCUUCCGUGAGGGCUUCCAGGUCACCUGCAAUGACUCCUCGAAUCCCCAUCGCGCCUACCUUGCCAACAACGGAGUAUACCAGCGGAUCGUCGAGUAUUAUGACAGAAUUGUCGAGGAAGGGUGGUACCAUCAGGAUUGGCAUAAAGAAGGCAAUAACACGCCCUUGGAGCUCAUCGAUAUAUCAGUUGCAAAGGCUGAGGCGCGCGCAUACGGCGCGGUCUCAUCUGUGUGCAACCCAAAUGAAAGCGACUACUACUCCAAGUGUCAACAGGUGUGGUUGGGCCCGUUUCUCCUGUCGGUGACGCGCAACGUCCUCAUGGGCGUCGGCUGGAGAAUCGAGCCUAUGGUCACCAGCAACCUGUGGUCACCGUUGAGAGGAGGCGACUCGUCGAAUGAAUUCACUCUCACCUGCAUUUCCGACCUGAUGGGCCUGCCGCAAUUCCUCAAGUUCGCAGCCAACGGGUCGUGCACGGGGCGGGGCUGUUGCGAGGCCGAAUUGCCGGAAGCAUUUCCCGUCCCCGAGUUUGGCCUGUGGUUCCGUUCUGGAAGAAACAACACCAUGUUUGAGACCACUCCCUGCUCCUACGCUAUGGUGGUGGAGAAGUCAUGGUACAACUUCACCACGCCGGACCUGUACGGCUAUGCUGUGCUGCCCAAGAGAUUUCCAAGGGGCAUCCCAUUUGUCCUCGAUUUCUUCAUAACGAACGGAUCAUGUCCGCUGAAAGGCCAGCAGCCACCUCCAGACUACGCCUGCGUCAGCGGCAACAGCUACUGUGAGAAUGCGACUAGUGGCAAGGGCUAUGUCUGCAAGUGUUUGAAGUUUUACGAUGGCAAUCCUUACAUCCCUGAUGGAUGCCAAGACAUCGACGAGUGCAAGCUCCGAGAGCUAAAUCCUGAGCUCCGUGACUCGUAUCCAUGCUCUAGUGACGGGAUAUGCAAAAACACGUUGGAAGGCUAUGACUGUCCAUGCAAGCCAGGAAUGAAAGGCGACGGCAUGAAAGGAACCUGCAUGGAUAAAUUCCCACUACCAGCAAAGGUGAUUGUGGGUGGAAUAGGGGGUAUUUCUUUAAUGGCAAUCCUAUCAUUCCUUAUUCUUCUUCGCAAAGAGAAAAGGAAAACGAGAGAAUUUUAUAAGAAGAAUGGUGGGCAUGUACUAGAGAAGGCAAAAUUCAUAAAACUUUUCGAAAAGGAGAAGCUCAAGCCAAUUUUGAAGAGUAGCAAUUUUAUUGGAAAAGGUGGAUUUGGAAAAGUUUAUAUGGGCCUUCUUAAUAAUGAACAAGUCGCACUGAAGGAGCCAAUUAGUGGAACUAUCCUAGAGAAUGAACAAUUUGCAAAUGAAGUCAUCAUUCAGUCUCAAGUCAUUCACAAGAAUAUCGUUAGGCUCAUAGGUUGUUGCCUAGAAGUCGAUGCCCCGAUUCUCGUCUAUGAGUUUCUCCCCAAUGGUAGCCUGGACGACAUCCUUCAUGGUGAUGGCAAGGAACCUCUCAACUUAGGCCUGCGCUUAAGUAUUGCUGCAGAAUCAUCAGAUGGCUUGGUUUAUCUGCACACAAAAACCAAUACCAAGAUCCUACAUGGUGACGUGAAACCAGCAAAUAUACUUUUGGAUGAUAAGUUCAUGCCAAAGAUCUCAGAUUUUGGCAUAUCAAGAUUGAUUGCGAGAGACAAACAGCACACGGGAUCUAUCAUUGGUGACAUGAGCUAUAUGGAUCCGGUGUAUCUACAAACAGGCCUACUAACCGAAAAAAGUGAUGUCUACAGUUUUGGAGUUGUUAUCUUGGAGCUUAUUAGUGGGAUGAAAGCUACACAUUCUGACGGUGGUAGCUUAGUGACCAAUUUCCUUGAAGCAUACAAAAAGGAGAAGAAAGCAACUCAGUUAUUUGACAAGAAUAUCGCAGUAACCGAGGAUUUGGAGGUUCUUGAUAGUUUGGCAGGGAUCGCUGUUGAAUGUCUUAGCCUUGAUGUGGAUCAAAGACCAUCGAUGACAAACAUAGCAAAGCGCCUUCUCAAUUUGACUGAAUGCCGUUAGUCGCAACCUGUUUGUGUAUUCUAGUUUAAACAACCUGUAUGUAUAUAUGUUCCGUCAAAUAAGAUAUGUAACUAUGGAUGGGCCAUCAAUAAGCCUGAAGCCACCAUCUCCGUUUCUAAAAAAUACUAUGGAUGGGCCAACACUUAUGUUUAUAUUGCCGUUGUGAACAAAAUCUUCCACAUAGAAGUUCGGGAGGUCUCCCUUGGUUCCAAGAAAUUAUGUUAUUUAACUCAUUUAGUAACCUUGUAUUUUAAGUCGCAAAUGUUUGUAUUA